AUGUUUUCAUUAAAAUUAUUAAUUUCCAUAUUAUUUUAUUUAAUUUCAUUAUCAAAUCAACAACAAAUCCCAACUAGAAAUUAUGAGGAGAAUAAUUAUUUUUUGGUAGAAUUAAACACAACUACUAGUCAAAAACCUUUAAUUGAUUUUAUAUCAAAAUAUAAAGAUCACUAUAAAUUUGAACAUCAAUUAAAUUUGGAUAAUUAUUAUGUUUUUAGUAUAGAUAAUUCUCAUCCUCAUAAUUCGUUUUUAGGUAAUUUCAACUCAAAUAAUUUUAAUCACAUGAAAAGAUCUCUGGGUUUUGAGGAUCAUUAUGACGAAUUAGUUGGAGAUGUUUCAUCAUUACAUAUGUUAUAUCCUAAAAAGAUCAAUAAACGAAUGCCAGUUCCAAUAGAUUCCAAAAGAGAUGAACUUUUACAACAGCAAUCAUCAGAUCAAUCAAAUUCUGAUUCUGAUAAAGCUCAUCAAAAAUUAGCAGUUGUUGCUCAAAAAUUAGAUAUUCAUGAUCCCGAAUUUGCAACUCAAUGGCAUUUAUUGAAUUUACAAUUUCCAGGUCAUGAUGUAAAUGCUACUGGAUUAUGGCUUGAAGAUAUAUUAGGACAAGGUAUAGUUACAGCUAUUGUUGAUGAUGGAUUAGAUGCAGAAGGUGAAGAUUUAAAAGAUAAUUUUAAUGCAAAAGGUUCAUGGGAUUUUAAUGACAAUGGGAACUUACCAUUACCAAAAUUAUUUGAUGAUUAUCAUGGUACAAGAUGUGCAGGGGAAAUUGCAGCAGUUAAGAAUGAUGUUUGUGGAAUUGGUGUUGCAUAUAAAUCUCAAGUUAGUGGUAUAAGAAUUUUAUCUGGUGCAAUAACUGCAGCAGAGGAAGCUGCAGCUUUAAUUUAUGGAUUAGAUACAAAUGAUAUUUAUUCAUGUUCUUGGGGUCCAACUGAUAAUGGAAGGACAUUAAGUGGACCAGAAGUUGUUGUGAAACAAGCAUUUGUUAAAGGAAUACAGGAGGGUAGAAAUAAUAAAGGAGCCAUCUAUGUUUUUGCAUCUGGUAAUGGUGGUAGAUUCCAAGAUAGUUGUAAUUUCGAUGGGUAUACAAACUCAAUUUACUCAAUAACAGUUGGUGCAAUAGAUUAUAAAGGAUUACAUCCAGCUUAUUCAGAAGCUUGUGCUGCAGUAAUGGUUGUUACAUAUUCAUCAGGUUCUGGGGAACACAUACAUACUACAGAUAUCAAAAAGAAAUGUAGUGCGUUACAUGGUGGAACAUCAGCAGCAGCUCCUUUAGCAAGUGGUAUAUACUCAUUAAUACUUAGUGCUAAUCCAGAUUUAACUUGGAGAGAUUUACAAUAUAUUAAUGUUUUAAGUGCUACACCAGUUAAUGAAGAUGAUGGAAAUUAUCAAACUACUGCAUUGAAUAGAAAAUAUUCUCAUAAAUAUGGUUAUGGUAAAAUUGAUGCUUAUAAUAUGGUUGAUUUCGCUAAAUCCUGGAAAAAUGUUAAACCACAAGCUUGGUAUUAUAGUGAUGUAACUCAAGUUAAUGAAGCAUUAUCAUUGAAUAAACCACAAAUGCUAAAAAGGGAUGAAGAAAAAAAAAUAAUAAAAUCAAAAAUAACAGUAUCAAAAGAAGACCUUAAAGUAAUGAAUGUUGAAAGAAUUGAACAUGUUAACGUUAUAGUUAAUAUAGAUGCUUCAUUUAGAGGUAAAGUCGGUGCAAGAUUAAUAUCACCUACUGGGGUUAUUAGUGACUUAGCAACUUUCAGACCAGGUGAUGCAGCGGGUAGGGGAUUUCAAGAUUGGACAUUCAUGUCUGUAGCUCAUUGGGGUGAAGAUGGUUUGGGUGAUUGGGAAAUUGAAGUCUUUGCAGAUGAUUCCAAAAGUGAUCCAAUUGAUAUUAAAUUUAAAGAUUGGCAAUUAAGAUUUUUUGGAGAGUCUAGGGAUGCUGAUAAAUCUGAAAAAUAUGAAUUAUUAAAAGAUUAUGCAGCAGUAAGAAGAGAUAGAAUUGGAGAAAAUAAACAACAAUCAUCAACAAUUGAAUCACUGACUGAAUUUUCAUCAUCCACAGAAGCUUCAUCAUCAACCACAUCAUCCGAAGAAGUCUCUACAACAUCAGCUAGUGAGGAAAUCGCACAAUCCACAUCGACCGCUUCAUCAGAGCAAGUCUCAUCAACAUCCUCUGAAGUAUCAACAACUUCAUCAACAAUAACAGACGAAUUAGAACCAACCACAGAACCAGAUGAAGAAGGUAAAAAUAAGCAUUAUACAUCAGAUCACACAGGUCAAUAUCUCAUGGGUUUUGCAAUUAUUGGAUUCAUAAUAGUUUUAAUAAUAAUGAAAUGCCAUAAAUCACCAGGUAGUUUACGUAGAAGAAGAAGAAGAGAUGAUGAUUAUGAAUUUGAUAUUAUUCCAGGUGAAGAUUAUACAGAUUCAGAAGAUGAUCAAGAAACUUUAGAUUCAAGAAGAAGAGGAGCUAAUGCUGAUUCAUUUGAUUUAGGUCAAAGAAAUGAUCAAAGAAUUAAUAAAAAUGAUCAAAUAAAUGAUGAUAGAUAUCAAGAUGAAGCAAGAGAAAGAUUAUUUGAAAAUUUUAAUGGUGAAACUUUACCUGAUUAUGAUGAUGAUAUGUUUAAAAUUGGUGAUGAUGAUGAUCAUGAAAAUGAUGAAAACAAUACAAAAAAGGCAACUUCAAGUUCGAAUGAACAACCAACUGAUUCCAAUGAAACUACUAAUGAUGAAGAAAUUACUGAUGAUAGAAAGAUAGUUGAUGAGAAUAAGUAA